GACGGGUGGCCUGGCGUGCUGUGGUUCAUGGGGUCACAAAGAGUUGGACACGACUGAGCGACUGAACUGAACUGAGAACAUUUUCAUCAUCACGGACAGUAUCAUAGAAAGUUCAGUUAAGAACAGGGUGAAAGAGGGAGCCAGGCAGGGCCCUUGGCUUCCCGUAGUCUUUCUGAGGACUGAAUGUAAACAGCCAGCCAAGGGGUCUGUAGAUCUGUCCCAGUUAGGAGAUGCCUUACGGAUAAGGUCGAAAUCCUAGGAUCUGAACCAAAUUCUCUUUUUGUUUUCCCACAGGAAACUAGUUUUGUGCUUUGCUAUAAAGUUCACUCAGAGAACGCACGGGCUGUGUGAUCUGCAGGCGUCUGGCCCACUGCCAGCAGGUCCCUGCGUGUCUUCUGCACUAGCGUAGGAUUUUCCCUUCACAACUUCCUGCCAGUUUGUCUGUUGAUGGUUGUCGUGCACAUGCGCGAGUAGGUUGGAAAGAUAGACCUUGAGUAGCUUUUGAGUCUUAUUUAUGUGAAGCAAAUUGGAACUCUUAAAUUAGAGGGAGGGCAGAAUUUUAUAGCCAAGUACGCACUGGAGAAUUUUGUCUUCGCUUUUGCAAUUCCAAUCUGUAAUUGAGAUGAAUAGCUGUGACAGUAUGUAGCAUGACUGAUUCUAUAAAGAUAAACUUAUCACUCCAGAAUUGGGUUUACCUUUUUAAAUUAGGUAAACAUGUGCUUUUUCUUUAAAAAGAUUUUUGCUUUUGACAAAGGAUGCGAAUGUGAAAUGUUUUGUGGGAAAACAGAAAAAUACAUUAAAAGUUGUAUGAAGAUUGUAAAACACACGCACAGUCACCUUAGGGCCACCUUAUAUGUACCAUUUUUAAUGAAGACACUUUUGUUAUGCCUUUUCUUAGUUUUCUUUUUUUAACUUCCUUGUAAUAUGCGCCUUGAAUAAAUAGAACUAUAUAUGGUUGUUCAGUGAGAAUCACAGUUAUUGUGAAAUUUCUUGAGAUAACAACAUUAAAAAUAGUACUUAAAAUUAUAUUCCUAUAUAAAGUAGCGACAAUGCCUCUUUAUGUUUUAAUUCAGAGUAAUUAGUGGUUACCAUUUGGUUUCAUUUAAUCAAGUCAGACAAGUUAUCUCCAUUUUAUGGCGAGAAUGAGUCGAGUAGAGGUAACUAGCUGUGUUUUCAGCGGCUGGCUAAACCAAAGCCUAGCGUUACAGUAGAGGGGAGGGAAGAUGUGAUGGAAGGCCCUUGGAGUUAGAAGCUGGCCCGCACAGGGCACAGUGCACGUAGUCAUAUACUGCAUAGUUCAUCACAAGUUUUUUUUCACGGUCAAAAUUUGCUCUGUAGACAUUGUUGCAUUCAAUUUUUGUAAUCUUUUUAUGAAUCAACUAAAGCUUUAUCUGUUUUAAAAUGUGAUUUCCUUCUAUACAGAUUUCUAGAAUGGUGCCCAUGCAGAUGCCAUUAACUGCAUGUAGCUAAUUCAAUUUAAAAAGAAUAAAAAAUUAAUGUAGCUACAUUUCAGGUACCUAGUAUCCCACAUGUAGCCAUUGGUUAGCAUAGAUCUAGACCAUUUUCAUCAUCACGGAAAGUAUCAUGGAAAGUUCAGUUAAGCACAGCAUUAAAGAAACUAUCACGAGAGGACAGGGUUUGUUUUUGCUUAUAAGCUUUAGGGGUUUUGGCGUUAAAAAUGUUAACUUUGAAUUAUUUAUCCUAAUGAGCUGGGCUUUAUGAUUUACUAUCUAUGAAUCAAGCUUGUCAUGCUCACACUUGCCCUAAUCUUUUAGUCUCUCUGGCUCUGUGUGAAUCACUCAGGCUAGGCUGAGGUGUUUGGGGCUAAGUAAUACAAAAUUUGCAAAUGUGUUCUAUGUUGUUAAUGUUUAACACCUUUUAAACCUUAAAGCUUAAUAUCUUCCUUGUCAGUAGAGCUCAGAUAAUGAAAUAAUGACUACAUGGAAUUUGAAUUAAUUGACUGGGGUUGUGAAGGUAACAAUUUGAAUCCUAAUGAACCUCUUGGUCCCAGCAGAACUCUCUGCUCCGUUUUGAAGUUAGCUUCAACUUCGCUUCAGACGCUAUACCCUUAAAGUCAGGACUCUCAGCUCAGCGCCUCAUUGAUCAGUCCACCUGUUAUGUCACUCCUCUGGUCUGUCUCUGUCUUACGUUAUUUGCUAAUUCAUCUAUGAUUACUCAUUGCAGUUACCGUUAAUUAGAUUAUGAGCUCCUUGGAAGUAGGAAACCUAUUAAACACAAAACUAUUUUGUGUUUAAAAUACCUGUACUUUUAGAAAUUAAGAACUGAAAGAGCCUUUAGAGAUAAUCAUGGCAAAUAUUAUCAUUUUACAAAUGAAGAACAUGAGAGGUGGAGUUGCCCCUCGUUGGAGAACUUGGACCACAGAACUUGGAUAGCUUCCUGUCAAGCUGUCUCCUUAAUUAGCUGAUUUUAAAAUUCAAAUUGAAGGAAGUCCUAAGCACAACUGUUGGUUGAAGCUACUGUAUUUUUGUGUAUAAACUAUGUCAGUGUAGAACAGAGUUAUUUAUAACCACUGAUUUCAACACACGCUAUUUCCUGUUUGUUUCUUAUGACACAUUCUUAAGGGCAGAUUGUAUGCUAUUUUCAGAGAUACAGCAUUUUGAUCUUGAAAAGUCAUUUUUGGUUUUAGACUAAAAUAGAUUAGUUUCUCAGGUUAAGUAAAUACUCAGGUUUUUGUUUUGUUUUUUCCAUGUAUUGCGUUUGGUAGCAGUGACUCAUAUAAUGUGUCAUGGGGUUGGAGUAUCUAUUUAUUGAAACUAAUGGUGUUGAGUUUCUACGAGCUCUAAAUUCUGAUCUGUACUUUCAUAUUUCAGUUCCAGUUUUGGUUUCAGUAUUAUUGUGUACACAACAGACACACACACACACACACUCCGGAGUGCUAAGAACAGCAAACUUUCCUACACAUACUACGUUUCUGGGGCAUCUGAACUGUUUCUUAAGGUUCAUUUUUAUUCUCUGUAGUUAUUGGCAAGGAACUAUGUUAGGUGUGUAUAAGGUAACUGCGUCAGGUGUGUGUAAGGUGGUUGUUGUCACACAGGAUGCUUUUGCUUCUCAGCAGUGUUGCAGGUUUCUUUCCGUGGCAGCAUGUGCUUGUACUGGGCAUGGGCCAGGCCAGCUCAGGCUCUUUCUGUGGACGCUAGUUGCUUGCGCACGGGGUUAGAAUACCUCCCUAUCCCCUUCCUUUUUCCAAGAACUGACAGCAGUUUCAGAAGGGAGUCGUUUCUCGUGAAUUAGGACUUUAUGACUUUCUUCUUUCCAAAGACAGUUCUGUCUUCUGCAAUUGUUCUUUGGGUGGAGUGCACCUGUGUGUGUGUGCAUGCGUGUGUGUGCGUGUGCAGCAUUUGGAUCUGUGCAGCGGCAGCGCACUGGCUUUCCAGACACGCUUUGUAUAGUAGCGGCGUGUGCGGAGGGGCGGGCAGCCUGCACAGCAGUUUCUCUCCUCCCCCUGCUCUCAGCCUCGCUCCCUCCCGCAACCUGGUGACAUUACAUGGAUGGAUGCGCCGGCUCGGAAAGCAGCAGAAGGAGCGGAGUGUCUGCCAGAGUCGUGCAGCGUGAGCCAGGCUGGCUGCUCCAGCUCGCCUCCCCGGCUCUUCUGGUGUGUGCGGUCUGCGUGCUUAGGGCUCGCCGUGUAGAGCCUGACGUCACCGUGUUCUCCUCCUCAGGACACUGUUCUUUCUUCUGAAAAGCUGCUGGCCUCAGGCUUCAUGCCUGUGAAACACUUCAGGCUUUAUUUAUACUGUUAUGGGGGUAGUGUUAAGGAUGAAAUAUAUUGACAUCUGAAAGAGUUUAGUUGGAUAGAAUACCAGCGUGGGGCGUGAAGACACAGCAUCAGUACGCGUGUGCCUGGGCAGCCUCUGGGUGGUGUAGACAAGUACCGUCCUGGUACCUCCCUGAGCUUAUUACACUGCUUAAAAAAAAAAAAAAAAAAAAAAAAAAUCUGUUCUUCAGGAAGAGGGAUGUCUCCUCAAAGGACUUUGAAGACAGCUGAGAGAAGUACUGAUUUUUAACCAUAGAUCAGCAUUGCAGAUAGACCCUUCUAGAAUAGAAGUGAUUCCAUUUAUUUACUGUGUUGAAUUAAAGAAGAUAAUAUGAGAUCUGGAAGUUUGCGGUUCUUAUUUUCAAGACUGCUAAUGAAGUUGAGUAUCUGAACUGUGUAAAAUGUGUCAGUGAUUGUAGAGAAAUUAGAUUUUAUGCUUUUCUAUAGUUUGGUGAGGCUGUUUAAAUCCAUGUCUGAAGAAAAUGGUUUUAGCUAUUAAGGAAAGAUUUAUAUAAACCUUUAAAAAAUAAGAUGAAGUCCUGCUUUUUUUUUCAUUUUAGGAAAGCAUUAUUAUGAAUAGGUUCAUUAGGGUGCCUUUAACUAUAGUAUUUUCAUUGUAUUUGUCCCUUCUCUUGUGUUACCUGUAUUCUAAUGUAUUUUUAAUGUGUAUGUUCUGUUUUUACAACUAGAUUCUAAGACCCAGAAGCAAGGAACUAGUUUUGUUGUAUCUUGUUUCCCCAGCAUCACAUUCAGUGUCCUUCUGCGAAGUAGGUGCUGCGGACAGUAGCGAGUGGAGGUGCGCUGAGGGUGAGGCUUGGUGAGGUCGUUUUACCUGCCAGUCAUCUGAGGCUUCCGUGCAGAAGCCCACAGACUGGGUGGCUCAAAACAGAGACCUUUCUCUCCUCACGGUUCUGGAGGCUAAAGGCCACGGUGAGAGCUCCAGCAGGGCUCGUUUCUCCUGCGGCCUCUCUCCUUCUCUUGCAGACGGUCACCUUCUUUUUCUCUGCGUGCACACACUCCUGGGGUCUCUUCCUGUUCCUACAGCACACCAGACCUCUCGGCUUGGGGACCCACUCUUGUAAUCUCUCUUAACUUUAACUCCUUAAGAGUCCUGUCUCCAGGUACAGUCCUGUUGAGGGUUAGAACUUCAACAUAUGAAUCCUGGAGAGAUACAGUUCCGUCCGGAACACUGACCUGAAGAUAGACAUGCUGAGUUACUAAGCCGGUUGCUGAACCCAUCCCCAUCUGUAGUUUUUGUCUUGGCACAAAAGAGCAAAACCGAGAAAAGAAGCCAGAGGAACUCAUCUCCUGUGCGGACUGCGGCAACAGCGGUCACCCAUCCUGUUUGAAGUUUUCCCCUGAACUCACGGUCAGAGUGAAGGCCUUACGGUGGCAGUGCAUCGAGUGUAAAACGUGCAGCUCCUGUCGAGACCAAGGCAAAAAUGCAGAUAACAUGCUCUUUUGUGAUUCCUGUGACCGGGGUUUUCACAUGGAAUGUUGUGAUCCGCCACUCACUCGGAUGCCAAAAGGCAUGUGGAUAUGUCAGAUAUGUCGACCUAGGAAAAAAGGAAGAAAACUUCUACAGAAGAAGGCAGCACAGAUAAAACGGCGCUACGCUAACCCAAUAGGACGCCCAAAAAACAGGUUAAAGAAACAAAACACGGUGUCAAAAGGUCCCUUCAGCAAAGUUCGAACAGGCCCUGGAAGGGGUCGGAAACGUAAAAUCACUCUCUCCAGCCAGUCAGCAUCGUCAUCAGAAGAAGGAUACUUAGAGCAAAUAGAUGGCUUGGACUUCUGCAGAGAUGGCAGUGUCCCCUUGAAGUUCAAUAAGAAAACCAAAGGGCUCAUCGAUGGCCUUACCAAAUUCUUUACCCCUUCUCCCGAUGGGCGGAAGCCUCGGGGGGAAGUGGUAGACUAUUCUGAGCAAUACAGAGCUAGGAAAAAGGGCAGCAGAAAGCCAAGCACUUCAGAUUGGCCCACAGACAAUCAGGAUGGCUGGGAUGGCAAACAGGAAAGUGAGGACCGGCUUUUUGGGAGCCAGGAAAUCAUGACUGAGAAGGAUAUGGAAUUGUUUCGUGACAUCCAAGAACAAGCCUUGCAGAAAGUUGGAGUGACUGGUCCUCCUGAUCCACAAGUCCGCUGUCCCUCUGUUAUUGAAUUUGGGAAGUAUGAAAUUCAUACCUGGUACUCCUCUCCAUAUCCUCAAGAAUACUCAAGGCUGCCUAAGUUAUAUCUCUGUGAAUUCUGUCUAAAAUAUAUGAAAAGUAGAACUAUUCUGCAGCAGCAUAUGAAGAAGUGUGGUUGGUUCCAUCCUCCUGCUAAUGAGAUUUAUAGAAAGAAUAACAUUUCUGUUUUUGAGGUUGAUGGGAAUGUGAGUACCAUUUAUUGUCAGAACCUGUGUCUCUUGGCAAAGUUGUUUCUUGACCACAAAACACUCUAUUAUGACGUGGAGCCAUUUCUUUUUUAUGUUCUAACCCAGAAUGAUGUCAAGGGCUGCCACCUUGUUGGCUACUUUUCUAAAGAAAAGCACUGUCAACAGAAAUAUAACGUUUCCUGUAUAAUGAUUCUUCCCCAGUACCAACGCAAGGGCUAUGGGAGGUUUCUCAUCGAUUUCAGUUAUUUGUUAUCAAAGCGUGAAGGCCAAGCAGGGUCUCCAGAGAAACCAUUAUCCGAUCUAGGUCGCCUUUCCUACAUGGCUUACUGGAAAAGUGUAAUAUUGGAGUGCCUUUAUCACCAAAAUGAUAAGCAAAUCAGCAUUAAGAAGUUGAGUAAGUUGACUGGAAUCUGCCCUCAGGACAUCACUUCCACACUGCACCACCUGCGAAUGCUGGACUUCCGGAGUGACCAAUUUGUGAUUAUCCGCCGGGAAAAGCUUAUCCAGGAUCACAUGGCAAAGCUUCAGCUGAAUCUGCGGCCUGUAGAUGUAGAUCCCGAGUGUUUGCGCUGGACUCCUGUCAUAGUCUCCAAUUCUGUUGUCUCAGAGGAGGAGGAGGAGGAGGAGGAAGAAGAGGAGGAGGAGGAAGAGGACGAGGAGGAGAGAGAGCCGGAAGAGCGUCAGAGCCAGGAAGAAUUGGAGCCAAGUGUGGGGAAGUCUGCAUCUCGCGAGAACAAAGAACAGGAUUCUUACACUUCAGUAGAAAGUGAAAAGAAACCAGAAGUUGUGACACCAGCUAGUACCACUCGAUUGAGCAAACAGGUCCUUCCCCGUGACAGUCUUCCUGCCAACAGUCAGCCGUCUCGGCGAGGCCGCUGGGGGAGGAAGAACAGAAAAACCCAGGAACGCUUUGGCGAUAAGGACCCGAAACUGCUCUUGGAGGAGACGUCAGCCCCCCAGGAGCAGUACGGAGACUGUGAGGAAAAGUCAGAACCUUCCCAAGAGCAGUACAUGGAGAGCGAGGAGCCGUCGGCAGCCUCCCAGGAGCAGCCGAGCCAGGACGGGAAGCCGGACGGGCCCAAGAGGAGACCCGGCGAGGGGCUCGAGCUCUGGCGAGGCCCGCCGAAGAAGAGCCCUGAGCCGCUGAAGUGCGGGCUGCCCGACGCCCACGACCGGCUGCCCCGUCGCUACAGCGAGGGUCGCUACUGUGAAGGCCGCUACGCUGACGGGGACCGCCCCGCGCUGCGGGGCUGCAGCGAGAGCAGCGAGGAGGACGGGGAGCCCGAGAGCCCCCGGUCCAGCUCACCCCCGGUGCUCACCAAGCCCACGCUGAAGCGGAAGAAACCAAUUCUUCACCGAAGAAGGAGAGUCCGAAAGCGCAAACACCACAAUAGCAGUGUGGUCACAGAGACCAUUUCUGAGACCACGGAGGUCUUAGACGAGCCUUUUGAAGACUCCGACUCCGAGAGGCCGAUGCCGAGAUUAGAGCCAACGUUCGAGAUUGAUGAGGAGGAGGAAGAAGAGGAUGAGAGCGAACUCUUCUCUCGAGGGUACUUCCAUCGCUUGGCCUCCCAGGACGUUCUCAGGUGUCGGUCUGAUUCUAAGAGGAAGUCUAAAGAUGAAGACGACGACGAAGAGUCAGAUGAUGCUGAUGACACUCCUGUCCUAAAGCCAGUGUCUCUCUUGAGAAAAUGUGAUGUGAAGGACGCUCCACUUGAGCCAGAUACAUCCACGCCCAUGAAGAAGAAGAAGGGAUGGCCCAAGGGCAAGAGCCGCAAACCAGUCCACUGGAAAAAGAGACCUGGUCGCAAGCCGGGCUUUAAGCUGAGUCGGGAGAUGGUGCCCCUCUCUGCUCAAGAGUGCAUCGUUGAGCCCAUCGUCCCCCUUCCAAAAGCGGGACGUAAAUCCAAAAUGGAAGAAAGCGAAGAAACUGUUGAACCACAAGAAGACUUGCCUUUAACGGAGGAAAGGAAGGAAGAGGAGGAGCUGCCUCUGGAAGCGGAGGAGGUCGAGGAGGGGGAGGAGGAGGACACCACCAGCAGUGACGUCAGGGCGGCGGCCUCUCCCGCCGAACCCAGCAGCCCCGAGGCCGAAGCCAAGGAGCCCGAGGCCGGUGAGGAAGAGGAGAAGCCCCGCGUCCCGGCAGAGCAGCGGCCGUUGGAGGAGGCGCCGCAGGAGCUGGCCAGGCGGGAGCCCGAGGAAGAGGAGGACACGGCCGCGGAGACAAACCAGAGCGAAGACCACGAUGCGGACGACGAGGACGACGGCCACCUGGAGCCUGCCAAGAAGGAGGAGGAGCCGGGGGAGCCGCCGGCGCGGGAGGGCGUCAAGGAGGAGCCUGGCGGCCGGGAGGCUUUUUUAGAUCCUAAUGUGCAGGGCAGCGGGGAGAACCCGAAAGACAAGGAGGAGACGGAACCGGAUUCCGAGGAGGAGCAGACUUCGCACGAUGCGUCCGUGGUGUCGGAGCACAUGCCGGGCUCUGAGGACGACCGCGAGGAGGACUCGCGCUCGAAGGAGGAGCUGCUGGAGCUGAAGGAGGAGGAGGAGAUCCCGCACAGCGAGCUGGACCUGGAGACGGUGCAGGCCGUGCAGUCCCUGACGCAGGAGGAGCGCGGCGAGCACGAGGGCGCCUACCAGGACUGCGAGGAGACUCUGGCCGCCUGCCAGACGCUGCAGAGUUACACGCAGGCCGACGAGGACCCGCCGCUGGCCCUGGUGGAGGACUGCCAUGCCUCUGAGCACAACAGCCCGCUGUCCUCCGUCCAGUCCCACCCCAGCCAGUCGGUGCGCUCGGUCAGCAGCCCCAGCGUGCCCGCCCUCGAAGGGGGCUACACCCAGAUCAGCCCAGAGCAAGGAUCCCUGUCCGCCCCGUCUAUGCAGAACAUGGAGACCAGCCCCAUGAUGGACGUGCCUUCCGUAUCCGACCACUCCCAGCAGGUGGUGGACAGCGGCUUCAGCGACCUGGGCAGCAUCGAGAGCACCACAGAGAACUACGAGAACCCCAGCAGCUACGACUCCACCAUGGGCGGCAGCAUCUGUGGGAACAGCUCCUCCCAGAGCAGCUGCUCCUACGGCCUGUCGUCCUCCAGCAGCCUCACCCAGAACAGCUGCGUGGUCACCCAGCAGAUGGCCGGCAUGGGCGGCGGCUGCAGCCUGAUGCCGCAGAGCAGCGUCCCGCCCGCCGCCAACUGUGGCAUCAAGUCCCCGCAGAGCUGUGCCGUUGAGAGGCCUCCCAGCACUCAGCAGCCGCCGCCGCCCCAGCCAUCGCAGCAGCCUCCACCGCCACAGCCUCAGCCGCCAGCCCCGCCCCCACCGCCAGCCCAGCCGCCGCCCCCACCCCCGCCGCCGCCCCAGCAGCCACAGCCCCCGCCCCCGCCCCAGCAGCAGCCCCCGCUGUCGCAGUGCAGCAUGAACAACAGCUUCACUCCGGCGCCCAUGAUCAUGGAGAUUCCCGAGUCCGGCAGCGCGGGGAACAUCAGCAUCUACGAGCGGAUCCCCGGGGACUUCGGGGCCGGCAGCUACUCCCAGCCGUCGGCCACCUUCAGUCUGGCCAAGUUGCAGCAGCUGACCAACACCAUUAUGGACCCCCAUGCCAUGCCUUAUAGCCAUUCUCCUGCUGUGACUUCCUAUGCAACCAGUGUUUCUCUGUCCAACACGGGACUGGCUCAGCUGGCUCCAUCGCAUCCCUUAGCGGGGACCCCUCAAGCACAAGCCACCAUGACACCGCCCCCGAACUUGGCCUCCACCACCAUGAACCUCACGUCCCCUCUGCUGCAGUGCAACAUGUCUGCCACCAACAUUGGCAUUCCCCACACUCAGAGGCUGCAAGGGCAGAUGCCCGUCAAGGGGCACAUCUCCAUCCGCUCCAAGUCGGCACCCCUGCCCUCCGCGGCGGCUCACCAGCAGCAGCUGUACGGCCGCAGCCCGCCCGCGGUUGCCAUGCAGGCCGGCCCGCGUGCCUUGGCUGUGCAGCGUGGCAUGAACAUGGGGGUGAACUUGAUGCCCACCCCUGCCUAUAAUGUCAAUUCCAUGAAUAUGAACACCCUGAACGCCAUGAACAGCUAUCGAAUGACCCAGCCCAUGAUGAACAGCAGUUACCAUAGUAACCCGGCCUACAUGAACCAGACAGCACAGUAUCCUAUGCAGAUGCAGAUGGGGGUGAUGGGGGGCCAGGCCUACCCCCAGCAGCCUAUGCAGCCGAGCCCGCACGGAAACGUGAUGUACACGGGCCCCUCCCAUCACAGCUACAUGAACGCGGCGGGCGUGCCCAAGCAGUCGCUCAACGGACCUUACAUGAGAAGAUGAGCAAGACGGACUUGCCGUUCAGAACCUAAAUAUAUAUAAAUAAAGGAACCUUUUAUACUGACAAACCAGAGAAAAAUGGACCUUUUUUUCCAGUUAAAAUAUUGCUGUAGAUUUAGAGGAAUUUUUCUUUGGUUUAUUUUAUUUUUUAGAAAACCUGGUCUUCUCUUUUUUGGGGGGUUCAUUUUGUUCUGGGUUUUGGUUUUCUUCACAAUCUUGAACAUUUUACAAUAGAACUCAUCUAAAAACGGAUUUGGGGAUAGGGGAAACAUGCACAGAAAUCUUUUCAUAAUUAAAAAGAGCCUUACUUUCUUUACACGCCACAUGGACAGAAUUUGUGUAAAAGUGAAUUAUCUUUAUUUUAUUUUAAAAUGUAUGUUUCCCCUCAAGUGUUUGCAGCUCCCAGUGUCGUCAUUUUUAAAUGUUACAUAUACAUCUCGAGGGUUAGCCAGACCCUUUUCCUCCACACCCAGCCUUUCAUUCCCUACUUCAUUCCAGCAGGAGGCACUUAUGGGAGACUCGGACGGGGACAUGGAGAACAACCCAAGCUCCUUAAACUUAUUAUUAUUGUUAAUAUUAUUAUUAUUAUUAUUAAUAAAGCGAGGCAGGAAAAUGCUUCUCCUCCUAAAAUCCCCUCCACUCCCUACACAUACACACACGCGCGCACACACACACCUCUUGAAACCUUUCCCCAAGAAUGUUUCUUUAUAGAUGGACUUCAUUGAAAUGUUUGUUUUUCUUAGAUCAAGUGUAAUAUAAUUUUUUAAAAACUACUCCCACUCAGCACUCAGAGACACAAAAAUACUGUAAGUCUCAAUUAACAGCAGAAUCUCAGAGGAAAGCUGUUGCAAUCCUGAUCCAGCCUUGGAGGAAUAGAUGGUCAGUUAACAAUCAAAAGAGGAAUGUAACCUCUUGUUUUUUUUUACCACCUGGUGAAUCAGCCAUACGCACAUAAUUCCUCGCAGCCUCUUGAUUUUAGUACAUACCUUGAGACUCUUAAGGGUCUCGAUUCUCGAGCCUUCCUGACUCUGAUUAAAGUGAACAGCAGUCCCCGGUGAUUUGGCGAUGAGCCUCUGACAUCCUCAUCUAAAGGGUUGGCGGAUGACUGUACACGUCAGCGACUUGAGAAAUACCUGACUAACCUUUGACACUGUUUACUUUGUGUUGGAAGAGAUGACGCAGAUAGCGUGUUGUGAGGGAGACCGUGGCGUGAGUCUUAGAGCUACUUCAGUGAUAACAUACCUCUAGUUUUCCUUUGUCUUUUGAGAUCCUAAGUCCCUCCCCCUGUGAAUCGGGAUGCGCGGCCCCUCCCCGGGGAGAGGCUGAGGAGAAGAGGGAUCGACCAACCACCAGCAUAGUCGGGCAGAUCUGGACAGCAGGGUUUUAGCAGGCUCCUAUGUUACUUCCAACUUCAUUCUCUUUUCUCUUGUGCAGCCAGUUUGCCCAUUCUCUUCUUGUCACUUGCUCCAGGGAUAGGUUAAAAAAAAACAUAUAUAUAUAUAGAAGUAUAUAUAUAUAUGUGUAUAUAUAUACGUAUAUAUGUUCCAUCAUUGGAAGAUGGACACUAUUAUACCACUUGGUAUGUGCAGUCAAAUAUCCAAAAGGAGGAAGUACUGCUUAAAGAAAUACCUGUAAGCGUUAAAUUCUCUCCUUUAUUUGUACAUUUUAUAUAGAUAAAUUUUUGAAGUAACAAAUUAGGCAUUAAAUUUUUUCAAAUGCACAGGUUUGUUGGUUUUUUUUAAUAUAUAUAUAUAUACACACUUUAAUUGACUUUCUCAAUUAAACGUGUUAGGUAGAACAAGGCAGAAUCCCGCCUCCUAACCGCUGUCUGAGCAUUCUGAGCAUGCGCAAGGCUGAGUAGGACCAGUCUCUGUAUAUACCUCCCCAGCCCCCGUCCUGUGUGUAGAACGUGCCCUGUGCUGCCCUCUGCCGACUCUUCAGCGCUGUCAUUGCUUCCUGGUUGGGGUGGGGACGGGGUGGGUGGGGAGGGAGGUGUCUUGGGAGGAGGGUGGGUCAGGGCAGAAGGAGAAGCUGUUGAAACGAGGGCCGUGAAUUCAGUUUCUGUUGGUUUGCGGUUGUGUUUGAUUUUGUUUCUUUUUAAAAAAAAAAAAAAAAAAAACAAUUUUCAAUCGGGCAGCUCCCUUUUUCCACAAGCCUUUUUGUGACUUUAGAACUAUUGUAGAGAAAAUGUUCUUUUCUAUAUUAUAAAAGAAAUUAUCCAACACAGUAAUAUUGGUACCUGUCAUUUUUUCACUUCUGUUUAAAAAAAAAUGUAUUUUUAGCAAGAUAACUUGGGUAAUCUUCUAAAAAAAGAAAUUUAAAAAACUCACUGUUAGUGACUUUGAUGCCUUUUAAAAUAAGAGCUUUUUCAUUUCAUUCCAUCUUUAAAAUUUUUUAUCUUUGUUGUAGAAUAUUAAAAACUAUUUUAAGAAAGAUAAAAAUUCUCUUUAAAGAGAUCUCUAGAGUGUGUGAAUAGAGCUCCAGAUGCCUCUAAAAGCCGCAUGUACAAAUGAAGCUAAGUCUAUUCCUGUCUGUUUAUAUUUGCUUUUCCUGUUUUGUAACCUCUUUGUACUUUGUUCAUGGUGACUUGUAAGCUACGGGGAAGGGGUGCCUAGAUGCCUUCGUACUUCUCCAUGUCACGCGCUCCUGGGCCAGCCGGUCUCCUUCCUCUCCUGUAUGUAAUAUCACUUUUUUUUCCCCCUUUCUAGCAAGUACUUUCAAAAGAACUCUGUACAUUUUAACAUUAAAAAAAAAAAUAAAUUAUGUUGAGCCAUUUUGGA